GGCGGUUUGGGCACAAAUUUGUUUAACAGGACUGUGGGAGGUGCCACCAAUACCACUGGAGAGUUUACAUUAUUAGCACAGCAUUUCUCCUAUUUAAAGUUGUGCUGUCCUCUAAUGCGUUAUUUGGGAAAAAAAAGGCGGUCGGUGUUUUUAAUUCAUGAGUUCUGUCGGCUUCAUGAAUAAAGAAACCUCUUCGUACAUUAAGGAAGAAGGCAGGGUUUCAACUGUGAGCUGGAAAGCCACCGGAGAACAUUUCUACCAUAGAAGUUAAUCCAUGUAAGCGUGUUUCUUGCCUGGGCACUUGAAUUUGCCACCCAUCCUUUUUGCGUAUCCGCAGCUCCUACCGUAGAGCCGGGCGCAGAGCAGCCUUUGAGAAGUUGACCAAUAAUCGAUACAGUAACGUGUGAUAAGUGACGCAAAGCCGCUUCCUGAGCCGAGGAGAGACCCCGCCAAGUCUCCUCGCACCGCUGCUUUAACCGGCGUUGUCAAAAUUAAAGUAUUCAGGUUUCACCAACACAGUGAGAGCCCACGAGGUUCUCGCGGGUGCACUCACUGAGGACUGGCUCCGCAGAAACACAACCGCUGCCGGCAGAGCGCCGCGUCGCCGCGAGUUCUUGCGGCCAUUCCCCUCGCUGCCAAAGCGGGAGAGGGUUACGUGGAAGCCGACUUUACCCUUAGCUGGAGGCAGCGGCCCCAACCGACCGCACUCGGUCCUCCGCGAUCCCACGCUCCCUUGCGCCAAGGACACGUCCGUCAGCUCCGCAGGGCCCUUCUACGCCACCGUGGCGCCUCUCUAUGAUCCGUUGCCGCGUUCGGAAUGGGUGUCAUGGCGGCGGGCGUCGAGUUGGCAGGAGUUGCCUGCAGAACUGGGGCAAGUCACUAAAGCAGAGGAAGAAGUGGCUUAACCAAGAAGUGGCUCAGCCCGGAUGGUUGGAAAUCGUGGGAAAAUGAGCAGAGGCCCCUUGGGAGUGACUGUGUGACAGGAGGCGGGCCCCUGGUCAAGUCUCAGGCCAGGCCUCUGCGUUUCCAGGCAGAGCCAGGCGGUUGCUGGAACCUCCGGAAGCCCGCGUCACUUAGGAACUCCUCAUUGUGCUAUAGAAUUCUUGAGUGACGAAUCCCGCGAGGGCUGCGGGUCGAGGACACUUGGCGGGGGUCUUUCGGCGACGCUGGACGCUUUUCUCGGAGCGGACCAGGUUGUUCUCUAACCCGCAGCGAUGUCGUCCUGGCUUGGGGGCCUCGGCUCCGGCUUGGGCCAGUCUUUGGGUCAAGUCGGGGGCAGCCUGGCUUCCCUCACUGGCCAAAUUUCAAACUUUACAAAGGAUAUGCUGAUGGAGGGCACGGAGGAAGUGGAAGCAGAAUUACCUAAUUCUAGGAGAAAGGAAAUUGAAGCCAUUCAUGCAAUCUUAAGAUCAGAGAAUGAGAGACUUAAAAAAGUUUGUACUGAUCUGGAAGAGAAGCAUGAAGCUUCAGAGCUUCAAAUAAAGCAGCUAUCUACAAGUUAUCGAAAUCAGCUGCAACAAAAAGAGGUGGAAAUCAGCCAUCUUAAAGCAAGACAGAUUGCGCUGCAGGAUCAGUUGCUGAAGCUGCAGUCAGCGGCUCAGUCAGUCAAUUCAGGAGCUGGCGGCGUGUCAGCACCCACCGCAGCAUCUUCAUUCGGUUACGGGGUCAGCCAUCAUGGUUCAGCUUUCCAUGAUGAUGACAUGGACUUUGGUGACAUCAUUUCUUCACAGCAAGAAAUAAACAGAUUGUCAAAUGAAGUUUCAAGACUUGAGUCUGAAGUUGGCCAUUGGAGGCAUAUUGCACAGAUUUCUAAAGCACAAGGAUCAAAUAGCUCUGAUCAAAGUGAAAUCUGCAAACUGCAAAAUAUCAUUAAGGAACUUAAACAGAACCGAAGUCAGGAAAUUGAUGAUCAUCAACAUGAAAUGUCGGUAUUGCAGAAUGCGCAUCAACAGAAAUUGACAGAAAUAACUCGUCGGCAUCGAGAAGAAUUACGUGACUAUGAAGAACGAAUUGAAGAACUGGAAAAUCUGUUACAACAAGAUGGCUCAGGAAUUGCAAUAACUGAUCACUCUAAAAUCCAGGAGAUGCAGAAAACUAUUCAAAUUCUACAAACUGAAAAAGUAGAGUCUGUUAAAAAAACUGAAGAACUUGAGAAUAAAAUAAAAGACAUAAGUAAAAAAUUAUCUUCUGCAGAAAAUGACAGAGAUGUUUUGAAGAAGGAACAAGAACGACUAAAUGUGGAAAACAGACAAAUAAUUAAAGAAUGUGAAAGCUUGAAACUGGAAUGUAGUAAAUUGCAGCCUUAUGCUAUGAAGCAGAGUGGUACUGUGACAGAAAAGGAAAGAAUUUGUCCACAGAGUACAUCAGUAGAAGAAGAAGUGCUUAGACUGCAACAAGCACUGUCUGAUGCUGAAAAUGAAAUAAUGAGACUGAGUAAUUUAAACCAGGAUAACAGUCUCGCUGAAGACAAUCUGAAACUUAAAAUGCAUGUCCAAGGUUUAGAAAAAGAGAAUUCAUUAUUGAGUCAAGAAAAGCACAUGAUUUUGAUAAAAGAUCAGCUAUCAAAACAACAAAAUGAGGGGGAUAGUAUCAUCGGUAAACUCAAAAAAGAUCUAAAUGAUGAAAAAAAGAGAGUUCAUCAACUUGAAGAUGAUAAAAUGAACAUUACUAAAGAGUUAGACAUGCAGAAAGAAAAGAUAAUUCAAAGUGAACUGGUCCUCAGUGACUUGCAUUUAACCAAACAGAAGCUAGAGGAUGAAGUAAAAGAUUUAGUAGAUCAACUGAAUAAAUCACAAAACAAUAAUUUAAACAUCCAGAAGGAGAACUUUGAACUUAAGGAACAUCUGAAACAAAAUGAGGAGGAGCUUUCUAGAAUCAGGGACAAGUUAACUCAGCCUCUUAAUCAAGACUCUAACAGUAAUUUUAAGGACGACUUAAUUAAAGAAAGGGAAGCUGAAAUCAGAAACUUAAAGCAAAAUCUUGCAGAAAUAGAACAGCUCAAUGAAAAUUUAAAGAAAGCUGCUUUUGAUCUCAAAAUGGAAAAUGAAAAGUUGGUUUUAGCAUGUGAAAAUGUAAGACAUCAGUUGGAAGAAUCUAUUGCUGGUAAUGAUAAAAUUUCUCUGGAAAAAAACACUAUUGUGGAGGCUCUAAAAAUGGAAAAAGGACAGUUGGAAGCAGAAUUGUGUCGGGCUGAAAAGAGGCUGUUGGAAGAAGCAAGUAAGUAUAAGCAAACCAUUGAAGAACUGUCCAAUGCACGGAGUUUGAGUGCCUCUGCUUUACAGCUCGAACAUGAGCGUUUAAUUCAGCUCAAUCAAGACAAAGACUUUGAAAUAGCACAGCUCAAAAAGAAUAUUGAGCACAUGGAUAUGGACCAUAAAGAGACUAAGAAAAUAUUGGCAUCUAGUUUAGAAGAGCGGAAGCAAUUGACACAACUUAUAAACGAGAAAGAAAUUUUUAUUGAAAAACUUAAAGAGGGAAGCUCAGAGCUUCAGGAGGAAUUAGAUAAACAUACUCAGGCCAUAAGAAAAAAUGAAAAUUUGAAGCAAACCCUAGAGGAAAAAGAAAGAAAUCUUGGAUUCAUGAAAGAAGAAAACAAUCAUCUCAAAGAAGAACUGGAACGACUCAGGGAACAGCAGAGUCGGGCUGCACUUGCGGCCGAGCCUAAAACCCUUGAUUGUGUUACAGAACUAGAAUCGGAGGUGUCUCAGCUGAAUGUCAUAAAGGAUAGCCUGGAAGAGGAAAUAAAGCAUCACCAAAAGAUAAUCGAAGACCAAAACCAGAGUAAAAUGCAACUCCUUCAGUCUUUACAGGAGCAGAAGAAGGAAAUGGAUGUGUUUAAAUGCCAGCACGAGCAAAUGAAUGUUAUGCACACCCAGCUCCUUUUAGAGAAGGAUGAGGAAAUUAAGACUUUGCAAAAAACGAUUGAAGAAAUCAAAACCCAGCGGCACGAAGAAAGACAGAACGUUCAAACAGAGAAUUCUGAUAUUUUUCAAGAAACAAAAGUUCAGAGCCUUAAUAUAGAAAAUGGAAGUGAGAAGCAUGAUUUAUCCAAAGCUGAAACUGAAAAAUUAGUAAAAGGAAUAAAAGAACGAGAAUUGGAGAUUAAGCUGCUAAAUGAAAAGAAUAUCUCUUUAACUAAACAGAUUGAUCAGCUGUCCAAAGAUGAGGUUGGUAAACUAACUCAGAUUAUCCAGCAGAAAGAUUUGGAGAUACAGGCUCUUACUGCUCGAGUUUCUUCACCUUCCUAUACCCAGGAUGUCGUUUACCUCCAACAGCAGCUGCAGGCCUAUGCUAUGGAGCGAGAACAAGUAUUAGCUGUUUUGAAUGAGAAAACGAGGGAAAAUAGCCACUUGAAAACAGAAUAUCACAAAAUGAUAGAUAUCGUUGCUGCCAAAGAAGCAGCCCUCAUUAAGCUGCAAGAUGAAAAUAAUAAAUUGUCCACUAGAUUUGAAAGUAGUGGACAAGAUAUGUUUAGAGAAACUGUUCAGAAUUUAUCACGCAUCAUUCGAGAAAAAGACAUUGAAAUAGAUGCACUAAGUCAGAAGUGUCAGACGUUAGUGACAGUUUUACAGACAUCCAGCACUGGCGAUGAGGCCGGAGGUGUUAACAGUAAUCAGUUUGAGGAGCUUUUGCAGGAACGCAAUAAAUUAAAACAACAGGUAAAGAAAAUGGAAGAGUGGAAGCAGCAGGUGAUGACCACUGUACAAAAUAUGCAUCGUGAAUCCGCCCAGCUCCAGGAGGAACUGCAGCAGCUUCAGGCACAGGUUUUGGUUGACAGUGACAAUAAUUCUAAAUUACAAGUGGAUUAUACUGGUCUAAUCCAAAGUUACGAGCAGAAUGAAACCAAACUCAAAAAUUUUGGGCAGGAAUUAGCCCAAGUUCAGCACAGCAUAGGGCAGCUUUGCAAUACCAAAGAUCUUCUUUUAGGAAAACUUGAUAUUAUUUCCCCUCAGCUCUCUUCUGGGCCAUUGCUUACUUCCCAGCCAGCAGAGUCUCUUGAAACGGUUAAGGCUGAUGCAUUGGGGGAGUCUUCUCAACAAGAGAUAGAAGAGCUAAGAAAGUCGCUGCAGGAAAAAGAUGCAACAAUUAGAACUCUGCAGGAAAAUAAUCACCGAUUGUCUGAUUCCGUUGCUGCUACCUCAGAGCUAGAAAGAAAAGAACACGAACAAGCAGAUUCAGAAAUUAAGCAGCUCAAGGAGAAACAAGACGUUUUACAAAAGUCACUUAAGGAGAAAGACCUCCUAAUCAAAGCCAAAAGUGAUCAGUUACUGUCUUUAAAUGAAAAUUUCACUAACAAGGUGAAUGAAAAUGAACUUUUGAGGCAGGCAGUAACAAACCUGAAGGAGAGAGCGUUAAUUUUAGAAAUGAACAUUCGUGAACUAAAAGAGGAAAAUGAAAAAAUAGUAGAAACAAGCAGGGAAAAGGAAACAGAAUACCAGGCAUUGCAAGAGACUAACAUGAAGUUUUCUAUGAUGCUGCGUGAAAGAGAGUUUGAGUGCCAUUCAAUGAAGGAGAAGGCUCUUGCUUGUGAGCAACUCCUGAAAGAGAAAGAGCAGGGCAAGACUGGGGAGUUGAAUCAGCUUUUAAAUGCAGUGAAGUCACUGCAGGAGAAGACGGUUACGUUUCAGAAGGAGAGAGAUCAAGUCAUGUUGGCCCUGAAACAGAAACAAAUGGAAAAUGCUGCUGUACAGAAUGAGGUUCAACAUUUACGUGACAAAGAAUUACGCUUAAACCAGGAGCUAGAGAGAUUGCGUAACCAUCUUUUAGAAACAGAAGAUUCUUAUACCCGAGAAGUUUUGGCUGCAGAAGAUAGAGAGGCUAAACUAAGAAAGAGAGUCACAGUAUUGGAGGAAAAGCUAGUUUCAUCCUCUAAUGCAAUGGAAAAUGCAAGCCAUCAAGCCAGUUUGCAGGUAGAAUCAUUGCAGGAACAAUUGAACAUAGUCUCCAAGCAAAGAGAUGAAACUACCCUGCAACUUUCUAUGUCCCAAGAACAAGUAAAGCAGUAUGCUCUCUCACUCUCCAACCUGCAGAUGGUACUAGAGCAUUUCCAACAAGAGGAAAAAGCUAUGUAUUCAGCUGAACUAGGAAAGAACAAACAGCUAAUAGCUGAAUGGAAAAAAAAGGCAGAAAAUCUAGAAGAAAAACUGCUGCUGUUACAGGAGCGUCUGGAUGAAGCAAAUGCUGCAUUGGAUUCAGCCUCAAGACUCACAGAACAGUUAGAUUUAAAGGAAGAACAAAUGGAAGAACUUAAAAAACAAAAUGAGCUCCGACAAGAAAUGCUGGAUGAUGUACAAAAGAAAUUAAUGAAUUUAGUAAACAGCACAGAAGGAAAAGUAGACAAAGUUCUAAUGAGAAAUCUCUUCAUUGGACAUUUCCACACACCAAAAAACCAGCGUCAUGAAGUGUUACGAUUAAUGGGAAGCAUCCUGGGUAUCAAAAGGGAGGAAAUGGAGCAGUUGUUGAAUGAAGAUCAGGGCGGUGUUACCAGAUGGAUGACUGGGUGGCUUGGCGGAGGAUCAAAAAGUGUCCCCAACACACCUCUCAGACCAAAUCAGCAGUCUGUGUUUAAUAGUUCUUUUUCAGAACUUUUUGUUAAAUUUCUAGAAACAGAAUCUCAUCCAUCUGUUCCACCACCAAAGCUUUCUGUUCGUGAUAUGAAACCUCUGGAUUCACCAGGAAGGAGAAAACUAGAUACAAAUGUACCGGAAAGUUUUAAAGAUACCGCAGAAUCCAGGUCUGGUAGAAGAGCAGACGUGAGUCCUUUCUUGGCUCCCCGCUCCGCAGCUGUACCUCUUAUUAACCCAGCUGGACUUGGACCCGGCGGGCCUGGGCAUCUCCUUCUAAAACCCAUCUCAGAUGUACUGCCCACUUUUACACCUUUGCCAGUGUUACCUGACAACAGUGCUGGAGUUGUGCUGAAAGACCUUUUAAAGCAAUAGAUGAGUUUCCAGCCAGAAACGACAUAAGCAUAGCACUUUAAAGAAACCCUGAACACUAUGUGUAUGUACUUUAUCACAAAGUGGCCUUUUGGAAAAAGUCAUGUAUUUUGUUUGUAGUUGUACUUUCUCUAAAAUUAAUAAAAAUAUAUUCUCAGUGCUUUUAGAAAUUGCAAGUGUCACAGGAGGAAGUUUUUGCUAUAUUAUCUGCUUUUAUCCUUCUCUGAUUUGACCUAAUUUAAGCUAGAAACAUUUGAUUUUUUUAUCUUAACUUAUAAAAAUAAGAAAAAUAAAAAGAAUACUAGGAGCUAUAUAUCAGUUCUUUAUUUUCUCCUCUGACUUUCAAGUUUAUUUAAGCUAGAGACAUGUGGUUUGUCUUUUAAAGAUAAUCAAGAGAUUUACCAAAAAAAAGAAAGAAAAUAGUAACGGCUCAUGUACAUAGUACAGAAAAUUGAUCUGAAGUGUAUAUUAAUCAUCUUGCGAGAACUUUGUGUAGACAGGCCGAGAACGGUUGUCCCUGGGAGGGCAUCAGUGUCCCGAGGUGGAACGUGUGUGCACUUGGUUCUAUGCAAUUUGACCACAUGUGUGGAUUCAUGUGAUCCCCACUACUGGACAGAUACACCCAGGACCCCUCACGCUGCCCUUUAUAAUCAUAGCCACAUCCCUCCUUAGCCCCCUCCCUAACCUCUGGCAACCACUAACUGCUCUCCAUCUCUAUCAUUUUGUCAUUUCAAGAGUGCUAUAUAAAUGGAAUCACACAGUAUAUAACCUUUUGAGAUUGAUUUUUUUUCACUCGGUACAAUGCCCUUGAGAUCCGUCCAAGUUGUUGCCUGUAUCAGCAGUUUGUUCUCAUUGUUAAGUACAUACUGUGGAUAUAUGAUUUAUUGGGUUGUCGGAAAAAUCAUGACGCAUUUUUGCAAUGAAAAACAGAAAAGAUACGCCAUGACUUUUCCGACAGCCCAAUAGUUUUAAGAACUGAGGUAUCUUUUUAAAGGUACUAUCUUAAAACUAAUUGUUUUCUCACAUACACACAACUUUCAUAUAAGUGUUAGAUUGUACAGCUGCAUACGGAACUCUAAUUAGCAAUAUCACUAAAUCUGAUGCCUCCUGCCUCUUUCUGAGGCAUGUGUAUGAGAGGCAUGUCAGUCCUGCAGCUGUCCAUUCUCACCUUCGUGGUCACUGAGGGCAGUGACUUACUUCAGCAACUCUAGCACCAGGCCUUUGGAACUAAAGAGCAAGGGAGUAUUUCUUUAGUUUUAUUAAUAAAGCUUAUCAUAAAAAAUCCUGACUUGGAAUUUAAUUAUAUCAGGAUGUUCUUGUUUUUAUGAGUUGUGGAAAUUGUACAUUUAAAGACAUUUCUUGGAAAUUUUGUAAAUUUCAACAUGCCUUUAAAACAGAAACAUCUGUAUAACAAGGUAGAAAUGAUACUAACCCAAAUAUGUAAAUAGCCCUGGCUCUGGCCAGGGCUAAAUUUGAUUAUUUGUACAUUUUGCUGUAAUUAACUGUAUACUUUCUACUGUAUUUAGAAGAUGGGAAGUCUUUAUGCGUUGAUAGGUAAGACUGGUUUUUCUGAAGAAUUUAAUAACAGACAUGGCUGCUUCACCACGUCCCAUCUCCUUAGCUAAUUUAUUUAUGUUGCCAUUUUUUAUUUAGUAUACCUUAAAGGAAGUUGUCAUGCCAGUUCUAUAUUAGAACUGUCAAACUGCCUCUUGUCUGUUUUGCCCAUUAUUAUUUCUCUAUGAAAUUAUUACUCUUGGGUUUUAUAUGAUCCUUUCAAAGAUGCUUUCACUGACCAUCCUAAAUUAUUUUCUACUUGCUAUUAAAGUUUCAUUUCAGUGUGGAGCAUCUGAAAUAAAAGUUUCUAAUUUAAAAAAUAAAAAGACACAAUCUUUCAUUUUGAAGAAAUAGAACAUGCAAAAAAAAUUUCCCUUUUAAUUUGAAAAUUAAAAUUUAAAUAGUGGAUAUUUAAGUAGUAUGUUGUCAUAUUUUAAAUGCCUUUUAUGACAUUUUGAGUAUUUCCUUCUCUACUCAAAACAGCUUGUCCCCCUUUACCCAGUAGUUUAACAUAAGUUUGAAAGCUGUUAUGGGUGGAGUGUAUAUCUAAACAUCACAGCGUGACCUUACAUGGCUGCUAUUUAAUUAAGUAUAUGACCUUGAACUAAAGCUGUAGUACCUAAUGUUUCAUUUGUAUCAUCAUUGAAACUAUAGCUCACUGGUAUGCAUACUCAGUGUUUGUUGAUCUAAAGCAGACAUAACUCACCUACUUUUCUGAAACUUAAGUUGUGUCAGAGAUGAACCAUCUGCUCAAGGAAUCUUCUUAGUAACCAUACAGUGAUGAAGCAUGUACAUUCUCAUGUUAGUAAGAGGAUGUUGCUAGCAGUAAUUUUACUGCACUAUUUUAAUUACAGUAAUUGCACUGUUUACUUCUCUACAAACUUAUUAGAAUUUGUGGUUGAAUUUUGCUUUAGCUACCACAGUUUUUCACAUUCCUAACGGUUUUCAACCACUAGUACUAUAACAGAAAAUCCAGCCAGACAUUGAAUUGGAUUUUAGUACAAUUCUGCAUCAUAUGGUUCUUUGAGUUUUAGUUCCUGCCAUUAUUGGCUUAAAAAGGAGGG